CGAAUCUUUGGAUCUGACCGGAUUGUGCUAUAAACUCCAACCAUAGCCAAACGCCAGUCGCCAGGCAGCUCUCUCUCUCUCUCACUUGUCCAUUCCAAACGCCGCAACAACCCAAAACCAGUUCGGUCACGUCGCCGCUCUGGCGCCAUCAAUCCAUGUGACCACUGACCGUCGACUAUCUCGUCUUCCGUUCCACUGACGUAAAUCUUAUUUUAUUCAUUGAUUUCUUUAUUAUUUUUCCUUAUUCUUAUUUUCUUUUCCAUAACGAGAGAGAAAGGAGGGUCCAAGGCUUGAACCCCGAUAAAAAAAAGACACCUUUCUUUUGUUUUCGAUAAAUAAUCGAAGUCAUUCUUUUAGGGUUUGAUCGAUCGGAACGCCCCCGGCUUGCCGUUUGCGUUGUGGCAUCCUCCAAGUGGUUGACUGUCAUAGUGGUGAUGACUUGAAUUCCUUGCUUCCUUUGAGGAAUGGAUUCAGAAGACAAAGUGCUUGCCAAAGUGUUUGGCAUACAAAGCCUUUCUUCUAGUGCUCAAAGUACCCCAGAGAAAAAGGGACACUCAAGUGAUGUCCCAGGAGGUCAGGAACUACUUCAUGAAUAUCUCAAGUCGGGGGUAAAGAAGGAAUUGCUUCAAACAUGCUUUCAUAAAGAGAAGAAACACUCUGCAUCAUCAAAAUGUAAAAUUAAUGAACACCUUAUCAAGACAAAUAAUAAAGGAUUUAAGAAUCAGGAACCACGAAAAACUUCUAGUCAGUUAACGUUGACCAACAAUCAUGCCCUUCCCUCUAGGAAGCAACCAAGGAAGGGUGAAAAUCCUGUUCGACUCCCACCGGCUACAGAGCUUUCAUCAGACGUUACAUGUUCAAGCACUUGGAUCUGUAAAAACUCUGCAUGUAGAGCUGUCUUAUCCAUAGAUGAUACGUUUUGUAAGAGGUGCUCUUGCUGUAUUUGUCACCUGUUUGAUGACAACAAGGACCCUAGUCUUUGGUUGGUCUGUGCAUCUGAAUCUGGUAAAGGUGAUUCAUGUGGAUUAUCUUGCCACAUUGAGUGUGCUCUCCAAUGCCAAAAGGUAGGUGUUGUAAACCUUGGGCAGCUGAUGCAAUUGGAUGGGAGCUACUGUUGUGCUUCUUGUGGCAAAGUCACAGGGAUACUAGGAUCUUGGAAGAAGCAGUUGAUAAUAGCAAAAGAUGCCCGGCGUGUAGAUGUUCUCUGCUACAGGAUAUCCUUGAGUCACCGUCUCCUAGAUGGAACUUGCAGGUUUAAAGAACUACACGAAAUUGUAGGAGAUGCUAAGGUCAAGCUUGAAAAGGAGGUUGGGCCAGUGUGCGGAGUUUCAGCCAAGAUGGCACGGGGCAUUGUUAGCAGGCUUUCAGUUGCUGGUGAUGUGCAGAAGCUUUGCUCACUUGCAAUUGAAAAGGCAGAUGCAUGGCUAAGCACCAUAUCUAAUGCUAAACCACGUGAUAGAGAGGAUUCGCUUCCUGCUGCUUGCAGGUUUCAGUUUGAAGAAGUUACAUCUUCAUCUGUUGUUAUUGUUUUGAAAGAACUGUCCUCCAUAUCAGAUGCUAUUAAGGGCUACAAGCUCUGGUACUGCAAGAGUAGAGAGGAGUCACAUCCCAAAGAGCCUAUUUGUGUCUUUCCAAGAGCUCAGAGAAGAAUUCUGAUAUCAAACCUGCAGCCCUGCACAGAAUAUGCCUUUCGAAUAGUAUCAUAUACAGAGACUGGUGAUUGGGGUCAUUCAGAGGCAAAGAUUUUUACCAAAAGUGUGGAGAUAAUCCACAAGAGUACUGAUUCAACAGCAGCCAUGGAUUGUAAGAAUGAGAAUUUGCAUGUGGAAGGAAGCUCAUCUAGUGCCAAGAGGGAGCCAAAGAUGACAAUGGCAACUGGAUCUUCUGGUUUCAAAGUUCGAGACCUUGGAAAGAUCUUACGGCUUGCUUGGGCACAAGAAGAUGGUUACCUUGAUGAUGGGUUUUGCAGCGCAGAUAUGGAAGGAUGCUGUGGUGGAAACACUACAGUGAAACCUGAAAUUAUUGAAGAAGAUCAACCCCCAUUUGCUCCACGAGCGCUUGAUUUGAAUGUUGUCUCAGUGCCCGAUCUAAAUGCAGAUCUAACUCCACCAUUGGAGUUCUCCAGGGAGGAAGAUAUUGGUUGCACUUCUGAGCGGAUUGUCGAGGUUGAUGACGAUGUCAUUUCUCGAGGGGAAGAGAAGAAUAGACAAGCUGGAUCAAACGGAAGUGGUGAUUCUGAGACAUGGGCAGUUAGGCCCAUUAGAGAAGUGCAUGCUGUUGAGUCCCGAACGGAGUUGUCUAGGAAACAGAAACCUAGUGCAAAUGAAGAGACAAACGACUGUGAUAGCACUCUAAUUAAUGUUUCACCAUUGCAAUUCUCUAGUAGGUCUAAUCACUUCGAUGGGAGCUAUGAGUACUGUGUAAAGAUCAUCCGAUGGUUAGAAUGUGGGGGUCACAUUGAACAUGAGUUUAGGAUGAAAUUCCUGACUUGGUUUAGCCUUAGAUCAACUGAGCAGGAGCGUAGGGUGGUAAACACCUUUAUUCAGACUCUGAUUGAUGACCCAAGUUGCUUAGCAGGGCAGUUGGUUGACUCCUUUCUAGAUAUCAUUUCCAGCAAGAGGCCACGUAAUGGUUUCUGUAGUAAGCUUUGGCACUGAAUCAAGGGAACAACUAAAUGAAUGACAUUGCUAUUUGCAUUGUUUAUAUGCUCCCCUGAGGUAGACUCUUGAUUGCCAUUGUUUCUCUAUGUACAGGCAUUUUAUGUUUAUCUUAGGAAGCUAUCAUUUUAACUGGGGGAAGUCUGUCAAGCUGGAGAUUUCACGAAAGAGGGCCUUGAACCAGAGAUUUUGUUUUGGAGAAGGUGCUCUAUAUUGUUUCCCACGCUCAUUGACAAAUUGAAGCAGUGGAAUUAUUUCAAUCAUAUGGGACUCAGAUCCUGUUAUUCUUGCUCUUUGACUCUUAUUAACUUAUUCACAGAUUAGUAUAUUAAUGGAUUAUGGGGAGUUGAUAUACUUUGCAUUAGAGAUAUAUUUAUAUAUUCCCCAUAACGGGCCACUCUUUUUUA